CGGCUGGGCGCGGGCGACUGCUGGCGAGGCGCGUGGAGCCCUGCGCUGGUUCCCCUUCGUCUCCGCUCCCGGCCCCGGGCCGCUACGGAGUUCGCUGAGGCCGGGUGAGCUGAGCCUGCCGCCAAGAUGCCGGCCUACUUCCAGAGGCCGGAAAAUGCCCUCAAACGCGCUAACGAGUUUCUCGAAGUUGGCAAAAAACAACCUGCUUUGGAUGUUCUUUAUGAUGUUAUGAAAAGUAAGAAACAUCGAACAUGGCAAAAGAUACACGAGCCAAUUAUGUUGAAAUACUUGGAGCUUUGCGUCGAUCUUCGCAAGAGCCACCUGGCAAAGGAAGGAUUAUACCAAUAUAAGAAUAUUUGUCAACAGGUAAACAUCAAAUCUCUGGAGGAUGUCGUUAGGGCAUAUUUGAAAUUGGCAGAAGAAAAAACUGAAGCUGCAAAGGAAGAAUCCCAGCAGAUGGUCUUAGAUAUAGAAGAUCUGGAUAAUAUUCAAACUCCUGAGAGUGUUCUUCUAAGUGCCGUAAGUGGUGAAGACACUCAGGACCGUACUGACAGAUUACUUUUAACUCCAUGGGUUAAAUUCCUGUGGGAAUCAUACAGGCAGUGUCUGGAUCUUCUUCGAAACAAUUCCAGAGUGGAGCGUCUCUACCACGAUAUCGCCCAGCAAGCUUUCAAAUUCUGCCUCCAGUACACCCGUAAGGCUGAGUUCCGUAAGCUGUGUGACAACUUGAGAAUGCACUUGUCACAGAUUCAGCGCCACCAUAACCAGAGCACGGCAAUCAACCUUAAUAACCCAGAGAGCCAGUCCAUGCAUUUGGAAACCAGGCUUGUUCAGUUGGACAGUGCCAUCAGCAUGGAACUGUGGCAGGAAGCAUUCAAAGCUGUGGAAGAUAUUCAUGGGCUAUUCUCCUUGUCUAAAAAGCCACCUAAACCUCAGUUGAUGGCAAAUUACUAUAACAAAGUCUCAACUGUGUUUUGGAAAUCUGGAAAUGCUCUUUUUCAUGCAUCCACACUCCAUCGUCUUUAUCACCUGUCUAGAGAAAUGAGAAAGAAUCUUACACAGGAAGAGAUGCAGAGAAUGUCUACUAGAGUUCUCUUGGCCACUCUCUCCAUCCCUAUUACUCCUGAGCGUACGGAUAUUGCUCGCCUUCUGGAUAUGGAUGGCAUUAUAGUUGAAAAACAGCGUCGCCUUGCAACACUUCUGGGUCUUCAAGCUCCACCAACACGAAUUGGCCUUAUUAAUGAUAUGGUCAGAUUCAAUGUACUACAGUAUGUUGUCCCAGAAGUUAAAGAUCUUUACAAUUGGCUGGAGGUAGAAUUUAAUCCACUAAAACUCUGUGAGAGAGUCACGAAGGUUCUAAAUUGGGUUAGGGAACAACCUGAGAAGGAACCAGAGUUACAACAGUAUGUCCCGCAGCUGCAAAACAAUACCAUCCUCCGCCUUCUGCAGCAGGUGGCACAAAUUUAUCAGAGCAUUGAGUUUUCUCGUUUGACUUCUCUGGUUCCUUUUGUUGAUGCUUUCCAACUGGAACGGGCCAUAGUAGAUGCAGCCAGGCACUGUGACCUGCAGGUUCGUAUUGACCACUCUUCUCGGACCCUUAGUUUUGGAUCUGAUUUGAAUUAUGCUACUCGAGAAGAUGCUCCGCUUGGUCCUCAUCUGCAAAGCAUGCCUUCAGAACAGAUAAGAAAUCAGCUGACAGCCAUGUCCUCAGUACUUGCCAAAGCGCUUGAAGUUAUUAAGCCAGCCCAUAUUCUGCAAGAGAAGGAAGAACAGCAUCAGUUAGCUGUUAACGCAUACCUAAAAAAUUCACGAAAAGAACAUCAACGUAUCCUGGCUCGCCGUCAGACAAUUGAGGAAAGGAAAGAACGGCUUGAGAGUCUGAAUAUUCAGCGUGAGAAAGAAGAGUUGGAGCAGAGGGAAGCUGAACUCCAGAAAGUACGGAAGGCUGAAGAAGAGAGACUGCGACAGGAGGCUAAGGAGAGAGAGAAGGAGCGUAUUUUACAGGAACACGAACAAAUUAAGAAGAAAACCGUUCGUGAGCGUUUGGAGCAGAUAAAGAAAACGGAACUAGGUGCCAAAGCAUUCAAAGAUAUCGAUAUUGAAGACCUCGAAGAAUUGGAUCCAGAUUUCAUUAUGGCCAAACAGGUUGAACAACUGGAGAAAGAAAAGAAGGAACUCCAAGAACGCCUAAAGAAUCAAGAAAAGAAGAUUGACUAUUUUGAAAGAGCUAAACGUUUGGAAGAAAUUCCUUUGAUAAAGAGUGCUUACGAAGAACAGAGAAUUAAAGACAUGGAUCUGUGGGAACAGCAAGAAGAAGAAAGAAUAACUACCAUGCAGCUAGAACGUGAGAAAGCUCUUGAACAUAAGAACCGAAUGUCACGAAUGCUUGAAGACAGAGAUUUAUUUGUAAUGAGACUCAAGGCCGCGCGGCAGUCCGUUUAUGAGGAGAAACUUAAACAAUUCGAAGAGCGACUAGCAGAAGAAAGACAUAAUCGUUUGGAAGAACGUAAAAGGCAACGUAAAGAAGAACGCAGAGUAACUUACUACAGAGAAAAACAGGAGGAGGAGCAGAGGAGGGCUGAAGAGCAAAUGCUCAAAGAGCGCGAAGAGCGAGAGCGAGCUGAGCGAGCAAAGCGUGAGGAAGAGCUGCGAGAAUAUCAAGAGCAUGUCAAGAAAUUAGAAGAAGUAGAAAGGAAAAAACGCCAGAGAGAGUUGGAAAUUGAAGAGAGAGAACGUCGUAGAGAGGAAGAGAGAAGGCUUGGUGAUGACCCACUUUCUAGAAAGGAUUCUCGCUGGGGAGAUUCAGAAAGCACGUGGAGAAAAGGACCUGAAGUAGACUCUGAAUGGAGAAGAGGCCCACCAGAAAAGGAUUGGAGACGUGAAGGGCGGGAUGAGGACAGGGUCCUUAGAAGAGAUGAAGAUCGACCACGGCGCUUGGGGGACACUGAAGAAAGAGAGUCUUGUGUCAGAGCAGAGGACGAUCGGCUUCCCCGUCGAGGCACGGAUGAAGAUAGAGGCCUUAGACGUGGUCCUGAUGACGAUCGGUUCUCCCGCCGAGGGACAGAUGACGACAGACCUCUCAGACGAAUUGGUGACGAAGAUCGGGCAAGCUGGCGUCACACCGAUGAUGACCGACCACCCAGACGAGGACUGGAUGACGACAGAACCUGGCGAACAGCUGAUGAGGACAGAGGACCAAGACGUGGGAUGGAUGAGGACCGGGGGCUGCGGCGAGGCGUUGCUGACGAUGAGCGAUCAUCCUGGCGCAGUGCUGACGAUGAUCGGGGUCCCAGGCGGGGCACGGAUGAGGACCGGGGUCCCAGGCGUGGGUUGGAUGAUGACCGAGGACCUUGGAGGAAUACCGACGAUGAUAGAAUUUCCAGGCGUGGUGCAGACGAUGACAGGGGGCCUCCUCGGCGCAGCCUGGAUGAUGAUCGGCUCUCCAGACGUGCUGAUGACGAUCGGAUUCCCAGGCGAGGCGACGACUCCAGACCUGGUCCCUGGAGACCAUUUGGCAAGCCAGGUGGAUGGAGAGAUAGAGAAAAAGCCAGAGAGAACAGUUGGGGUCCACGCCAAGAAUCGAGACUAUCAGAAGACUCCGAAUGGGAUAGAGAAAAAGAGAGGGAUAGAGAGAAUCAAGAUCGGGAUGAGCACGAAAGGGAUCCUGAGCGAGAACGGGACAGAGAAAGAGACAGAGAGCGAGAUGGGGAUCGAGAGGAUCGCUUCCGACGACCUAGAGAUGAGGGUGGCUGGAGAAGAGGACCAGCUGAGGAAUCUUCGAGCUGGAGAGAUUCGAAUCGCCGGGAUGACUGGGAUAGGGAUGACCGUCGUCGUGAGAGAGACGACCGCCGUGAUCUGAGAGACAGGCGGGAUGACAGAGACCGAAGAGGCCCUCCUCUCCGAUCAGAUCGGGAAGAAGCAAGCUCUUGGAGGCGUGCUGAUGACAGGAAAGAGGACCGGGCAGAAGAACGGGACACCCCUCGCCGUGUUCCUCCCCCAGCUCUUUCAAGAGAUCGAGAAAGAGAACGAGAACGAGAUCGGGAAAGAGAAGGUGAAAAAGAGAAGGCCACGUGGAAAGCUGAGAAAGAUAAGGAAUCUCUUCGUCGUACUAAAAAUGAGACUGAUGAAGAUGGAUGGACAACAGUGCGACGUUAAGUCUCAAGAUGAUGGAUUCAAACUGGUGUCUUACAUAGGUUUGAUCACAUUCAAGGAUUAUUGUACUUGUGCUUCAACCAGUCUAAAUUGGAUUCUAUAACUAAUGUUUCACCAUAACACGAAAAGCAUGAACUUGUAUUAAUCCUAUAUGAUAGAUUGAUCAUGCACCGUAUCUACAGAAGGUUGGAAAACCAUGCCAUUUUCUGAAAUUUAAGGUGUUGCAUUAUUUCACCAAUCAUUUGUUUACAAAAAAAGAAAAACUAAAAAAUAAAUUGAAAAUGUGAACUCUUCAGGUAUUGUGUAACACCUAUAUCUUGGUAUAGAACUGUUCUUUUUUCUUUUGAUUUUGAAAUAAUUUGGAGUGAGGUAAGGUUCUGUUAUAGAAAAUGUGUUUGAAGACUGUCUAAAACGGUGGAGCUGAACAAUUUUCACACCAUUAGCUGUUGAAAUUAUACCUCUUUAGAUACUGAGGUAUUUACUAGUAACUAAAUUAAAAUUUUUUUAAGUUCACUUUUAAGUGCAGUAAACAUUACAAGCAUUGGAUACAGUGGGGUUUCCUGUAGAUUUUACUUGAGUGAAGGUGAGUAUAAAGCAAAUAUUUAGUCAUUAUUGUAAUGACAAGAAUACUGCUGAAGUGUGAAUCCAAAACAAUAUAGCUUUUAAAUUUUAAAGCAUUUGGUGAACUAUUGCUGAGUUCUUUUCUGUUGCCAUUAGCAAACUGCUUUUCCAUUAAUGGAGAAUUCAUGCCUUUCAAGCAUUUUAAAUAUCACAAUAUUUAUAAAUGUGUGGUUUGGAGGAAUUGUUUAAAUUCUUUUUCUUAAUUUCCUUUCUCUUCAGGAUAGAUUCUUUCAACAAGUACUUUGUAGUAGCGACUGUGUUGACUUCCGUUUCGGAGGCCAGGAGCUGUGUUAAAGAGAACUGUUGGGUCUCACUGAGGCCAACACAGAACUUGCUGCUGUGUUUUUUUUUUCAGUGAUAAAUAAAAUACUUAAUUUGUUUUAGUGUU